AUGGGCAUGUCGGCGAAGGAGCUCAAGCCGCUCGCGGUCUUGAGUCACGGCGACAACUUUUACUGGAACGGCAUUGCGAAGAACAACCACAAGUACCGGUUCCAAGACACGUUUGAAGACACGUACAACGACCCGGCGCUCAUGGCCGUGCCGUGGGUCAACGUCAUUGGCAACCACGACAUUGGUGGCGCGCACUUUAUCUGCGGCGACGGCUGGGACAAGGACGACAACUUUUUCGAGUGCGAAGACACGGCCAUGAUGUCCAAGUACCUCAAGGAGCGCUUCGACUUGCAAAAGAACUAUGUGAGUCCCAACAACAACCGGUGGCUCCUGAAAGACCACUAUUUCGUCCACUCGGUCUCCAAGAACGGCGUCUCGGUCGACAUCUUCAACGUCGACACCAACCACGCCGACAACCAUGGCGCGUCCCAAGUGUGCUGCCAGUGCUUUGGCUACUCGUACAAGUACGACUACGACAGCACCAAGUGCGACGACGUUAAAGUCGGCAGCAAGAUGUGCGCGGGUGGCAGUGCCGAGAUGUACAACACGUGCAUGGAGACGCUCGAGGGCUGGGCCCAAGACUCGCUCACGCAAGCGCUCAAGGACAUGAAGGCGUCCAAGGCGACGUUCAAGAUCGUCAACACGCACUUUAGCCCGCUCUACCACAUGAACCCCGAGCGCGCCAAGAAAUGGUACGAUGUGCUCAAGGCCGGCAACGCCAGUCUCUGGAUCAACGGCCACACGCACGGCUUUGACCACGGCAUCAGCACCUUUGGCACGCAUCUCAUGGAGAACGGCGGGGGUGGCGGCAUCGUCACCAAGGCCUCCAACGCCGGCUCGGACGCCAUCGUCAAAAAGUAUGUGCCUCGAUACCAAGCCGUCUGGACGGCCAGUGGCAACCCGUACGGCUUCAUGGAGCUCAGCUUCUCCAAGGAGUGGCUCAAGGUGCAAUUUGCCACCUUUGACAAGCAGUGGAGCUUUGCCGGCAACGACCUCCCGGCCACCGUCAAGGGCGGCAUUGCGCGUGGUCACUGCUGGUUCAUUCCGAGCGGUCAGUUCAUUGCCCCCGGCUCCCAGGGUGUCGAGUGCAAGAGCUCCGUCAACGGCGUCAUUGGCGCCCCGCCCGAUAAAUUUCAACAAUAUCAAGUAAUAUGA